GGGACUGUAAAGCUGAUUCUUUUUCAGUUGCUUUGUUUUUCUUCCAUUUUUUUCUUUUUUUAUACUUUUUGAAUAGUUAAACACGAGACUUCAUCGGAUUUGGACGCAUUUUAAAGUGAAGUCUUGUCUCCUUUGUAAUUUCGCUAAUUUUCUGUGCUAAUUAAUUUUAAAAGUUAAAGAUACGAAAAUUUCGCGAAAUCUUGUUAGAAAUCUAAAAAAUAAUAAAAGUUUAUUGACUUAAACUCUUUUGUAACCGCGACGCGACGUCAUGACGAGUUUAGUUCAGCCAACGGGCGUUAAAUUUGGAUCAAAUAGAGAAAUGAGCGUCAGCACCAGUCCAAGGCUUGUUUCACUUGAAGAAGAAAACAUUUUUACUCCCCAAAGACUGUCGUUGAAUGAAAAUGGCACUUCCGAAACUCGUAAAUACUCCGAUUCAAAUCUUCCAAACGCCUACACAAGCAGCACUCACAAACAAGUGAAGAAUCGUCGAAGUUCAUUGGGUCUGGGACUCCUUGGGGGAAAGAGCGAUUCAAAUAGAAAUGGCAAACGACGAAGCUCGAUCGCAGUCGUAUUUUUAGGACGACGACAAAGCAAAUCGAAAGAAGCGACAGUUGAAAAGGUUGAAAAAUAUCUUCGGAAGUCAUCAGAGUCUGACACGGAAAAUGAUCCGCCAGUAAAAAUCACAAUCACACCCGAUUAUGAGCCAACAAUGCAAGAGAAAAAACGACGACGAAGCUCAUCAUGGGCAACGAAAAUGGAAAGGCGUAGACGCAAAGGUCUACCAGCAAUGACCGGUGAAAUUGACUAUCAUGGAACAACAAAUGGACAACAUGACGCCUUCUCGCGCCAAAAGCGACAUUCGUGGUGGAAUAUUUUUGUGCCAGAAAACCUCAAAAAUAGGACUCGAAGAUCUAGUCAAGAUGUUGGUCAACUCUCGUCAGGUGUGGAGAAGUUUAAAGCGCCACCAUACAAUCGGAGUAAAUCACGUAGCGUUGAUCAUGGUCUGGCAGCACCAUUCGACUUGGACUCACUUCGAUCAAAAGUUGAAGGUCGUUUUGAGAGCAUCGAUCGACUGUCGGCUAAAGGCCCGGCACCAGUUGUUCCAACAAUCACAUACACAGUGGGAGAUCGUGACACGCUCACAUCGGUAGCAGCUCGCUUCGAUACCACACCUUCAGAAUUGACGGCGCUUAAUCGUUUGGGUAGCUCCUUUAUCUAUUCAGGUCAAACUCUUCUUGUUCCCGAUAAAUCGCAGAUGAAAGACGAUGACUCAUCAAGCGAAGCAAGUGGUGACACUGACGGUACUAAAGACAAAAGUCGAAAAAGCUCUAGCAAUACCGACGACAUUCCACAGCAAGAAAAGGAUCUUCUCGACGACUUACGUCCCAGUUCACCAAAACCUGGACGAAUUGAGAGAAUAAACACGCCAAAUCAAUCUGAAGAUGAUCCAGUUAUUGUUCAACGGUUCCUAAAGCUCAAUGUACGUCAUAUCACUGAUGGUCAAGGAGUUGUCGGCGGUGUUUUGCUUGUAACUCCAAAUGCAGUGAUGUUCGAUCCAAAUGUCUCUGAUCCACUUGUAAUUGAACAUGGUCCUGAAAGUUACGGUGUAAUUGCUCCUAUGGAUUUUAUUGUUAAUGCAGCCAUAUUUAAUGACAUCGCUCAUAUGCGUGUUGGUACUGGUGAGUACACAAGCAACACCAACGAAAAGCCAGAAGUUUAUCAUCCAAAACCGUGUAACCGAUGCGAUACGCACUCACCUGGAAAGGAUUCACUUUUGGUUAAGGAUGAAACAUUCCCUGAGUUGGGUGCUGGAAGUUCAGUCGAUCAAGAAAGCAACUGCUCAACAGAGCGUGACGACGGUGACGCUUUCCCUAAAGCAUUUGAUCGUGAUCUUGUAACACCGGUCGAAAGACUUCAUGUCGACUCCACUGAAGGUGCUGCAACAACUGAAACUGAAGCAAAAAAAGAAGAAAUGAAAGCAUCAGAAGAAGCUGAAGCACUGAAAUCUGCUGAGGAACGACGAAAGAGUCUUCUCGAUCAACAUUGGGCAAUUCCAAGCAAGGAUAGACUGAAAAAGAAAUAUAAAUGUGAUAGUAAUGCGGAGGAUGAGGAUGAUCAACAAAGUCAAGGUCAAGUGAAGGAGGCAGCAGCAGUUGUUGAAGAACCUGAAAAGAAAGCUGAGAAGGAAACAUUACCUGUUGAAGGAAGUGAAGAUGAUUCAUUGACACGAACAUCAUGUCAUGAUAGUGGAAUUGAUAUUCGUGAUGCUCUGCCAUCUGUUCCGAUUAUUCCAACAAAGAAGGUUUAUAGCGAUGCUGAUAUCGUUCUUAGCUCAGAUUGGGUGCCACCAUUAACCAUUGCACCAGCUUCAAUAUCAACCGAGACCAGGUCACAAGCAUCAUCAUUUAGUCAAGAUACAGUCUCAACACAAAGCAGUGAAGGACGGAAGAAAACGUCAAGUGUUAGCUUCAGUGUCGAUGAAAAUGAGAAUCAAAAUUCAGGAGCUGAGAAAGGAACUGGCGAAGUCAAGAAAAGCAAAAUGCUUAAACGCUUAUCAUAUCCAUUAUCAUGGGUCGAAGGCUUAACAGGUGAACCAGGAAAACCAGAAACUGAAUCAGCUCCUAACACCAGCGAUUCCAAUCAAAGCGUCUUUUCAAAAGUAUUUUCAAGCUCGCCCAUCACAUUGGUCUCCGAGAUCGGAGGCAAUUUGUUUUUGUCAAAGACACCAUCUGAAGAUAGUGGCGGUUCUCCCAUUCCACCAUUACCACAUGAUUCUGUCAAAGAUUCAUCGGCAGGACGAUCAUCUAUUGGUACAUUCAUUCGAUCACAUCCAUCAUCGGAAAGUUCAGCAUCAUCACAAUCGAGCAAAGCGAAGAAAGAUCCUCCGCCAAAAUUAGAUUAUCGUUCAAUGGUGUCGAUUGAUGACAUGCCAGCGCUUUUUGUGAGCUUCGACAAACUGAUUCCACGACCAGCACGUGCAUGCCAAGAUCCCCCAAUGUAUUUGCGACUGAGAAUGGGACGUCAAAUUGGAAAGACAACGCCUCUGCCAACAACAGUAAUGUCGUAUGGAAAAAACAAAUUGCGACCAGAAUAUUGGUUCAGCAUUCCUAAGAACAAAGUCGACGAGCUUUAUAAAUUCCUUAAUGGUUGGGUUGCUCAUAUUUACGGUGAACUUGAUGAAGAAGCUCUCAAAUCUCGUGGUUUCGAGUUGAUACAACAUGACACUGAGUGGGCAAACAAUCGCACAUCUAGCAAGGAUGGCGGUGAUAUCAGUGGAGAAAUCGGUGAAUACACUCGCGAAUCAUGGGAGCUGUUAAAGGCUCCGUUUGUUAAAACAUUCAAUGUAAUCAAAAAUCAAACUGGAUCAUAUGAUUUCGAGGGUCUGGAGUAUUUAAAUCAAGUAAUCAAUAUGUGGUUUAUUUACAUAACAGUGCUUACGGGCAUUAUUGCUUUUGUUUUAAAAAAAUAUGGCUGGAACUUUCGACGAUUUGGUCGGCCUAUUUUCCUUAGAAAAAUUGUUGGAAAAAUAAGACCAGCUACACCUCCAUUGGAAGACAAAAGACGUCUAAGCACUGAUCACAGUGUCUUUCAAGUGUUUGACGACGGAACAAUCAUUUCGAGUAAAAUCGAAAAGCCUCAGAUGGUGCUGUCUAUGAGCAAAGAUGAUUACCGAAAUGCCUCAUACAUCACAUCAGGUUCAUUCGAUCAAGACUUUCCCAUACCGGAUCUUAUCGGAUCAACAGAAAUUCUUAGUGAAGAUCAUAGAGAGAAACUUUGCAGUCAUUUACCAGCUAGAGCUGAAGGCUAUUCAUGGUCGUUAGUGUUUAGCACAUCACAACAUGGCUUCUCAUUGAAUUCACUCUACAGAAAAAUGCACAAGCUCGAAAGUCCCAUUCUCAUCGUCAUCGAAGAUACCCAAAAGAAUGUCUUUGGCGCUUUGACGUCUUGUUCACUUCAUGUAUCUGAUCAUUUUUAUGGCACUGGCGAAUCACUUUUGUACAAGUUUAAUCCCAGCUUCAAAGUGUUCCAUUGGAGCGGCGAGAAUCUUUAUUUCAUUAAAGGCAAUCCUGAAAGUCUUGCAAUUGGUGCUGGAGAUGGAAAGUUCGGACUGUGGUUAGAUGGUGACUUAAAUCAAGGUCGAUCACAACACUGUAGCACAUAUUCAAAUGAACCUCUCGCACCUGAAGAAGAUUUCGUUAUAAAGACCCUCGAGUGCUGGGCUUUCGUCUAAAACACUGCUACGUUUAGUUUUUUUUAUAUUUAGGUGGCAUAAACAACACAUGAAGCAUAAAAAAUCAAUAUUUCUAAAACCUCUUUUGUCAUCAUUUGCUAACUAGAAAUGAAUGAACUGGAAAGGAAUAAGUUUAGGAAAAGUCGUUUUGAUAGAAGGAAAUAUUAAAUUAAGAAAAGAAACAUUGUUUGAAUAUUUUAAUUUCAUGAAAAAAGGAGAAAAAAAUUUGUAGAACUUGUUAAAGAAAUUGAAAAGAUAAAAAAACAAAUGAGAGCUUUUUGAGUGUUGAAGAUAAAAACAGGAAAAAAAACAUUUUUAAGUGAAUGGAAAACUAAAAUUUAUUGAAUUUUUGUUUUAUUUUUGUUUUUUUGAAAAUGAUGAAGAAAUAUGAAAAUUCAUCAAAUUUCCUUUCGUUUUAUUUUCCAUUUCGAAAUUGUGAUAUUUUCAUCAUUUUAAUUUGUGUUUCUUAUUGAUUUCCUGUUGAGUGCAACUCUUCCGUAGCCGUGACUUAUAAUCAUUUUAAAAAGCAGUGAUACUUUCUGCAGUUAUUUAUCGUUAAGUUUAUUAUCUAAUAUUAUUUCCUUUUGCUCUUUUUUUGUUAAGAGAAAAAUAAAAAAUUCAUUUCUGGCCGCAUGAUAGCCACAUAUUAUUAAGUUUUACCUUUUUCUUUAUUUGUUUUUUCCAAGCAUCAAAAUUUUCCACCCACAACUUCUCUAUCUCUCACUCUUCUUUCUCCUUUAUUUCUUUUUCAAGUUAUACUUUAAAAUAAUUCAAAGACUUAUGAAGUUUUAAGAUGGAAAUGCUUUAGAUGUGUCAGCACAUGAUAAUGAUUGAGAAUUUUGAAUGUAGGUAAAAUUAACUAUGUCGUUAAGAAAUGUUCUUGAGUUGUGAGAAGAUCUUCGAUUGUCUGAGGCUGUGGAGGGUGUUCAUAUGUAAUAAUUUUAGCCUCUUGUUUGUUGAAUUGAAUGAUUAUUCAACAUUAUCUUUCACAACUCACGAGCUCACGUCUUGAUUUAAAAUUUAAAUUUUCAGGCAAAAAGUAUUAAUUGCAAGUUGUUAGAAGAUGCACCAAAAUAUUCAAACUUAGAAAAAUUGUAUUUAAAUCCCCAACAGUUUUUCAAAUAAUCCAAAAUGUAUGUUUGAUAGCGGUCAUGUUUUACAAAUUUAUGUAGAUACGCGCAUAAGAUUGACGAAAGAAAUUUUCAGAUUUCUUUUCACGACACGAAGAAAAUUGACGAAGUGAAAAACUUUUCCAAACUUUCAAGUGGAAGCCAAGAAAUUGAAAUUAUGGAAAAGCUUAUUGAUACAAAUAUGUAUCAAAUAAAGUAUGAAGCUUGCUAUUUCAUUUCAAAAUUUUCUUUUUUCAUUUACUGAUUUCGCACUCUUUUGGAGGAUGACAUUUAAAAAAAUGUUGGGAAAGUAAUUAAGAUAGAACAGAAGCUUUAAUGUUAAACACAAAUCAAACGUUGAGAAUCUCGAUUUACAUGAGAAAAUAAUUGCACAAGCCAUGUUUAGAGUUUGGAAUCGUCAUCAAUGUACUUUCACACACAGGUUCGAUGUUUUUGAAAGAAAAAAAAUGUUUCAAUGGUUCCUAGAAGAAUUCAUUAACUAUAAAUUGCCUAAGUGGCCAAAAGAAUUAUAGAAAAAUCCAUGAAGCAUGAGAGGAGUCAGCAAACUUUAAAUUAAUCCCAAUAAUUUUAAAUUGGAACUUUCUCCAAUUUAUUUUAAAAUCCCCAGAAGCUUGUGAUGCAUAAAUAUUGUAAGAAAACGUAAAAUAUUUAUAGGAAUCAAAGCUCAUACUUUAUUUCAUUUGAAAGCUUUCACCAGAAAUGUCAUUGUAAAAUUUUGAAGAAUGAAAGGCUAUUAAAUAAGUAGAUGAAUUACGAAUAAAUUUGCAUAUUAGCAUCAUAAUAUGAAAAACCAAAUGGAAGUCAUUUUCUUAAAAACUGAAAUGAUAAAACAUUAAAUAUUAGUUAUAUUAUAAAAAAUAUAUGCGCUUGUUAUUGAAAUUAUUGAGAAGUAAUAUUUAUGUAAAAGUACGGAAAAACAUUUGAAAUGAUAUAUUUUUUUAUCAGUCAAAUUUGCAAAAAAAAGUUCUUCUCAAUCUUCUGCAAACACAAAUAAAAGCGUAAUGAAAAUUCUCGAUUGCAAAAUCUUUUCUCUUCAUAGAUUUAACAUUUAUGCAUUUAUUUAAUCUCAAAAAUUUCGAUUACUUUUUGUUACGCUGCAACAAAUUAACUAUAAAAAAUCUAUCGACCAAGAGAAAAUAUUUGUAUUUUAGAUAAAAAUUCUACGAUGAGAUCGAAAACAAACUAAUCAAUGACCAAAGUAAACUUUUAAGAACGUUAAAAGUGACAUUUUUGCGCCUCUAUAGAAGUCCAAAAAUCCUCCAAUUCCGGUUUUUCACUCCUAUCAAUCUCUCUAUCUAUUCUCUCUUAAAUUCAUAAUCUUAGAUUACUAAUCAUUAUAAUUUUAAAUCUUGCAUCUUUUCAAGCAUCGAAGAAUUGUCAUUGCAGAAAAUAAGAAAGUUUCGCUGAGAAACAAGUAUUUAUGAAAUAAAAUAUUAAAGUCAAACAAAGCUGUCAAUUAUUAAUAAAAUAAAAAAAUGUAGACUGGAUUAAAAACUAGUAAAUAAAUUAUUUUCCUUCUGAAACUUAUUUAUUAUAACUGAUGAUAAAAUAAAAAUGUUUGAAAAGAGAGAUAAAUUAAAUUUCUGUUAAAGCUUAGAGAAAAGAACAACAUGAUUUAUUUCAAAUCUUGAAAAAUCAAAAAAAAAUUGGAGUAACUUAAAAAGAAAUUUCUCGUUUUUUCAUCAAACUAUCAGAGAAAAGUGCUUUUGCGUCCGAGAUGUAUUCAAGGACUUUUGGACAAUUUUUAGAUUUUUUCCUUCCCACAAAAGAACGUGCAAAACUUUUUUUGUCAACCCAGCCUCCGAACACAUACAUAUGACAUUUGAAUCAAUUUUACAAAAAAGGAAAACUUAUUAAAUAUAAACAAAAGCAGGGUGAAAAAAAAUAAUCACAAUAAAACUAAACAAAAGUGAGAAAGAAGUUAAAAUUUUUAUGACUAAACUUUGAACUACUCCACAAAGCAUUCAACUGAAAGCUUUUUUGAUGUGGACUGAUGGGAGGUUUUAUCUAAGUGGUAAAUAAUAAAUUUAAAAUAAUAAAACGUUGAAGCUUCAUAAGCUCAGAAUUUACGAGAUAUGUUAGUGAAGAAAAGAACAUUACGUAUCGCGCAGAAAUCAAAGUGAGAUACUUGUGUAAUAGCAGCAUAAUUAUUAGAAGCAUUCAGUAAUCAUUGCUGUGUACUUAUUUCGAAUAAUAGUAAAAAGUUUCACUUAGAUCCGAAAUUAUCUUUACAUACACCUAAACGUCAUUGUUUCAAUGAAAAUAAAAUUUGAAGAAAAAAAAUCAUAAUCGAAUAUCAGAAGCAUGAAAUAAUAAAAAAUAUAAAAAUGAAUGUAUUUUGUAGAGAUAAUUCAAUAAAGAGGAGAAAUAUGUUAAUUUGAUGAAAAA